AAAAAAAAAAAAAAAAAAAAGGAUUGGGAGUGAUUUUUCUUAGUUAGGUUAUAAGAAAUUUUUUCUUCAAGGAAAAAAAAAAUAAUUGAAAAGUUUUGAAAAAUUUUAGAAGGGGCUCCGCGGUUCCUAAUCAUUCACGAACUCUCCAGUAACACAAACGAGAAAGCGCGCGAACGCAAGUACUACUCGCAAAACAGUCCACUGCCUGCCUCGCCGUCCGGCAGCCAUGUCCGACCAUAACUCCGACUUGGCAUCCAUAUUCUCACAAAAAUACCACUUACCGGAUGACACUGUCUUCUAUUCAAUCUUUCCAGACUUCUCCUUAACCUCCGGCACCGGUAGCACCACCGCCGACCUACUCCACAACCUCCACCUCCAAAUCCUCCAAACAAUAACUCUCUACACCGACCCAUACAUCUUCCAACACGAACCCUUCACAAUUUCCGUCGCUCCUUCCCCAAUUCCCCAUCUCGCCGGUCAUCUUCGCUUCGGCGAUAACCUCGAAGACGAGUGGUUCGUUGCUUUCCUCCUCUUCACGGUUUCCCAACGUUUCCCCAACCUCUCGAUUGCAAUCCACGAUUCCGACGGCCAAUUUCUCUUAAUUGAAACCGCUUUCCAUCUUCCGGGUUGGGUCAACCCAGACACCUCUACUAAUCGGGUUUUUCUUCGUCGCGGUCGCCUUUAUAUCCUCCCGCCAACCCAUUUGCCCGGCACUCCUUCGCUUACUGCCGCGCUAAAAUUCUUAUCCGAGAAUGAUAACAACCCCGAUGUCAUCCGAGCUACCCCGGAUUCGGUCCAGGCUCAUCUGGAGCAAAAAUUCAAUGAAUAUCCCGAAAAAGCUGAACGAAAUAUGCAUAAGGUUAGGGUUAGGGUUCCGGUAAGGGUAGCGUGGGUUUUAAAGAAUGAACCUUGUUUGAUUUCCCUUGCGGUUGAAGGAUUUUAUGACAGGGAUGUGGAUAGUAUGAAAUUUGCGGAUAGAAUGGAGGUGUUUCUGCCCAAUGGGAAGGAGGAAGAACUUGUGCAGGUGUUUGUGAAAAUGUCUAGGACAAUGUAUGCUCAGUUGAUGCAGCAAACGUUUAGGCCGCCUAAGCGGUACCCAGCAAUGCCGUUAAGUAGUGAUUUGGAAGGGUAUAAGGAGGCUGAGCUUGGAAUGAAGAUUGCUUGUGGGUUUGAGAUGAUGUAUCAGAUGAGGAAAAGGCAAGGAGAAGAAGGAAAAGGGAGUAAUUGGGAUGUUUUUAGGGAGAAUUUGGAGAAAUGUGGGUAUUUUGAUGGGUUGUUGCCAGGGUCUGCGGAAUACAAGAGGAGAAUGGAGAAAGCUGAGGAGUAUUACAAGAAUAGCAUUUCACAUCAUAGAGCAAGUGAAAUGAUAAAUGCUCCAGUUAGGCGGAUUGAUGAGAUUCUUUCUCUGCCCCAUUCGUUGGAUGACUUCAAAGGUGGGGAGCUACCUCCAUCAGAUGAUGACUCGUGGCUUUACUAUGGGGAAAAGGAGCUUGAUGCUGCACUUGAAGAACGUCAAAAGGAGAUGGAAUCAUUUGAUUCCAAAAGAAAAUUGAAACAGAAGGCGAAAGAGGAAGUUGAUGCAGGUCCAUCCGAUUAUGACCUGGGGGAAAUAGCAAAUUCUAUGCAAGAAUUUGUCCAAAAGAUGUCCAGCUAUGAAGGUGCAGAGGUUCCUGGAAAGAGAGGGAUGAAAGACGUUGACUUCGACGUGGAUUCCUUCAUGAAAGACUUACAGUCAGUUAUGAGACAUCCUGGUUUUGAAGGCAGGGCUAAUGAUUCUGAUCUUCAAGAAGGGUCAUCAGAUGACAUGGAUUUUGACGAUUCUGACGAUGACAGCAAUAUGUCUGAGCCUGCCGAGGAUAACGAAGAGAGAGGUGGCACUUUUAUGGAGUCCUACUCUGAUGUACUUAACAAGGAACUUAAAGCCACUACCCUUGGCCAAAGUUUUGUACGCCCAGAUGAGGGACCAUUGAAGAAAGACGAGGGCACAUCAAAGGCCAGUGAAGAUAUGCAGGAAGAGUUCAAGCCUGUGGAUGUGGAUUUCAACCUGGUGAAGAAUCUGCUUGAAUCCUUUUCUUCUCAGCAAGGGCUUCCUGGGCCAGCAUCCAAUUUACUGGGGCUGAUGGGUUUGCAGCUUCCUGAAGAUGGCAAGAAAGGUAAAUAGACACCUCAUCUUAAUAUACUACUGUCGGAGCGGUUGAAUGUCCUAUAGAUCACUCUGGUUGUCAGUGUUCAAGUUGCACUAAGUUACAACUGUCAGGAUUUGUAAGUAUUACUGCCAGAUAUUGGCAAGAACACAAUACCAGCAGUAGAAGCUGGUGUUUGACUUUGUUCUUGUUGCACGCGGAGGAUUUUAACUUUUGAAAGGGAAAAAGAAACUAUAGUGGUGGUUGGUGUUAUCCGGGGUGUUUGCCCAAUUUGGUUCCUAGUUGCAAUUUCAAACAUUACUUUACUUCAUUUUCAUUUUGCUUCCGGUAUUUAUUUGCUGCCGGUGACUUGCUCCA